GUGGGUGGAAGGCCUGUGGGUGAGGAACGCUUCUCGUCAGCUGUGCCUAAGUCACGGCAUUCAGGACACUGCUGUCCCCUCAGCUGCUCACAUCUGGACACUCUUACAGCUCAGUAAUCAACUACAAUGGAUUGGUGGAGGGACAAUUUCUGGAUCAUCUUAGCUGUGGCCAUCGUCAUUGUCUCUGUGGUCCUGGGCCUCAUCCUGUACUGCGUCUGUAGGCGGCUGCUUACACAAGGCAAGAAAUUGAAAAUUACCAAGCCCUUGAAACAAAUACAAAGAGAUGACGAAAUGAUGUAUGAGAAUGUCAAUCAAUCACCGGAUCAGUUACCCCCUCUGCCACCCAGGAAUUUGCUUCCUCAACUAGACACCUCCCCACAGGAAACAGCAAGCAAGCUGACAGAGACAUACUCAUUGGUAAAUAAAGUUAAAAAUAAGAAGACAACUUCCAUCCCAAGCUAUGUUGAACUUGAAUGUGACUAUGACGAUGUUGAAAUCCCUGCAGAUAUGGAAAACCAUCAUUUUCAAGCAACUGUUUCUUCUUUUUGGCAAGCUGAACAGGGUUCACACAGCUUAUUUUAAAACUAUCAAGAAUGGUUGAACUUCCUUAGGUGUCCAGUCCAGAAAGCCAAUGGUACUGUCAUGAAGCCUGUAAGAUAAGUACUUCCUGAACCUUAGAUGAAGUGUCAGCAACCAAAUGACUGCAGCCACAUCAAAGAUGCGAUGCUCAGACCUGAAGACCAAGAGGAGUCAGGCCUUGAGCUGCUGUUGAGUAAUUUUUCAUGGGGAGUAAUUUUUCAUGGACCGGUGGGCUCCAUGGCUCCCAUCCGUGAGAAAUCGCUCUGUUCUUGGCACUCUUCCCCCUUUCCUUCCUGUUUGUAUGGUUCUAGAAAUCUUAAAGCUUGGUAUCUGAUUGUGCAGAGCCUCGCAGGCUCCCACCCCCAGCACGGUCUUUUCCCCCAUCAGCCCCAGCUCCUGCAUUGAGUGUCUGUGGGUAGUAGUUACAGCUGAGCGCUCUUGUGUGCCAGUCACCAUGUUGGCCUUGCGAGUUCUUCAUGGGUGGGGAGUGCAUUUUAUUCUUGUGAACCCCACCUACACAUGCCUCAAACCCCAGAGCCUCCUUAUGAUGUUUGGCAGACUGACCAUUGAGAUUCAAGUUCUCACCCAGGUUUCUUCCUGUGCUUCCUGGUUGUACCAGAACAAUCAACAGAGGACAGAAUUUACCUUCUGGACCAAAGGACGUAAGUUACAUGUAGAAAUGUCAUUUUGCAAUAUGUGUAUUGAGAAACAGGAAAAGUAGUUUUCCCUAGGAAAAAUCAUGAGGAACAGGAAAGAAGAGGGCAAUUAAAUGACAGAUUCAAGAUGGGAGUUCAGAGGGCUUAACAUCCUCCUCCAUAAUUUUCGCUACUGCUUCCUCUGCUAUAUAAAGUUUGACCCAAACCUUGCCAAGCCCCUUCCUUCCAGAUUAUUAUCCCCACCACCUGGAAGGCAGAAACUCCAGUGUGAUGAGCUGUAGCUAAUGAGAUGCCAGGAAAGUGGGCUGCCAUCCUGUUAAAAAAAAGUGUGGUCACCAAGGCCCAAGUCAGUUUCAUAGGCUCCUGAAGCUCAUCAGUUUUUUGGAGUUUAUCUGCUAGAGCCCUAGGACUUGACGCUUUCCAACCAGACUCACAAGAUGCUGAUUUCCAAGCAGUCCCCAGGAAAUCCAGCUAAUGAGCAGGCUUGCAGGAGAGCACAAUGAACAGUGGAAAGGCCUAGGAGUGAUUCUUGAACAGAGCUUCUCAAGAGAUGGAAAGCGUGUUCCUGUCAUAUCAAGUUUCCUCCCUCCAUCAAUGCCAGACCAGUCCUCUCUUUCUAGACUCCAUGGAGACUUCCAGCUUUCUGUUAAUACUUCCUCACUUUGGGCCGCUAGUUCUCUGACUAUGGCCUUAUGGAAUUCUGGUAUGCCACGAACCAAAAAAGGACUCUUUUCUCAAAUUAUAAAAAAUGUGUUAAUAGAAGUGUUUCACAUGUAUGCUUUUCUCUUACAAAUUUUCCAUAAACCAAUCUCAUAUAUGACAAAAGUUGAAAGCAAAUACCGGGUAAACGUCAACUCCCCCUUGCUUUCUGGGACACCAGCCUCUCCUGGCUCUCUUCUUUCCUGUCUCUCCUGUCUUGCUUGUGAGCACCCUUCUCUCUGAAACAUCUCUUUAAUGCUGGUCUUCCUCUGGGUUUCCUGCCCUUACCUUGCUCCAGACACUCAUGAGUGAUCUCACCGAUGCCCAUGGGCUCAGUGUCCACUUUAUUCUGAUGACUUCCAAAUCACAGACUCCAGCUGAGCUCUCUCCUCAGUUCCAGAGCGGCCUCUAAGACAUCUCCACAUGAAUCUCCCCCGGGUCCCUCGAGUUCAACAUACACUGAAAGGAACUGAUUACCUACCCCCAUUCCAAGCCCCUUGUGCUCUGCUAUCUUCUUCGUUGCUGAGGUCAGAAACUAGCAUACUAUAUGGAGUCCUUUCCAAUGUUCCCCACUUCCUAUUGAUUGCACCUCUCAAAGAGCUCUCUAAUCAGUCCAUAUGUCUCUAUUGCCAUUCCUAGGUCAGGUGUUACCAGCACUGCCCAAGAGAACUUCAGUAGCCUCCUAACUGGUCUCCUGCCUCUGGUGUCUCACCCUCCAAACCCCUUUCUACGUGGCAGCCAGUGAUUUUCUAAAGUGAACAUCUGACCACUUUAUUCCCUUGUUAAAAUCUCUUCUUUACCUAUUAUCCUCAGAAAAAGCCCAGACUCCCUAAUAUGGGUUACAAGAUUUGUCAGGACCUGGUCACCAGUUAUCUCUUCCAAUCCUCUCCUUUUCUACCCCUUGCAGUUUCCACUCUGCCCAAAUUUUUAUCCUGGCUAUUUGAAAUGACCUUGUCUGUGGUCUCUUUUGCCCUUAUGGCUAUGGACAGUAAUCUCCCCUCUGUCUGGAAAAUUCUUCCGCACCUUCUGAUCCUUCCCAUCUCUGCUUAGAUUCUUUCCUCACAACCCCAAAUUUGGGUCUGGUGCCCUCUUAGAUGCACUCCUCUUAGAUGCACUGUCACACUAUAAUUACCUGUCUGCCUGUCUUUCUCCUCCACUGGAAUGAGAGCAACAUGAGGGCAGAGACUAUAUCUCUUGUUCCCCCAUCUGUUCCUAGCACACUGCCUAGUCACUUUGUAGAUGCUCAAUAAACAUGUUGAAUAAAUUAUCAGUUGAAUGAAUGAAUGAAUGAACUCCUCUGGGAUCUCCUGUACUUGUCCCUGGGAGUGAUUCUUGAACUGAACUUCUCAAGAGAUGGAAACAUUUCUCUCUCUGUGUUAUAAUUGCCUGGUUAUUUUUCCAUUAUCUUUUUAAUCUGGGGUGGUACUUGUGGGGCUCACUGCUCUACUCCCAGUCUCCAGCACAAACCUUGGCACAUAGUAGGCACUUAAUAUUUAUUGGAUGUUGAACAUAAAUGAAAAUUCUAUCAAUCAGUUUGACAAAAACAAACUAGUAGUUUUUCGCUAGGCAUGUAUAAUUUGGUUGAGAUUUUAUACUGGGUACUUAUAAUAAAGCCCUGUUUUCUAUCAAUAAAGUUGUUACCAGUU